AUGGUGCUCGGCAGGCUAACUCACUACGCCUUCGAUGCCGUCCUCAUCUCUGCAUUCCUCGCAGGCGUUAAACGCUCAACUGGUCUAACCCCCAGCCUUCGCACGGAGACCGUCACCGACUCGAAAGAGGUCAAGAAAUGGGUUGACAACUACCUCGGUAUGGGCGAAUGGAUUAUGGAUCAGAGCGUUGCCAUCAUGGGCGCCAGCAGCUGGUUCGAGCGGAAGCGGUAA